CCCCUGUGCGGCGGCGGGCACCGCCACCACCACGCCCGCCACCCGCAGUGGGCCGAAGACUAUGAGAAGGAGAGGGAGGAGAGCGCUCGGCUGAGGAGGCUGAAGGAGAGAGAGCGGAUCGGGGAGAUGGGGGCGCCUGAGGUCUGGGGGCUGUCCCCGAAGUCCCCCGAGCCGGAUUCCGAUGAGCAUGCGCCAGCUGAGGGUGAAGAGGUAAAGAGCCUGAAGAGUAGCAGUCCGGAUUCCAGCUCUGAAAAAAGGAGCACAAAACCCAGCCGUUCAAAAAACAAGAAAAAAAGAAAGAAAAAGGUGCUCAGCAGAAAACGUAGGCAUUCUUGUGCCAAAAAUUCAGAUUGUGAGGCUAAUUCUGGCUCUGAUGAUGAUAAAAAGAGAGUCAAAAAAGCCAAGAAAGACAAGAAAAAGAAACAGAGGAGAAAAACAACCAAGAAAAAGAAGAACAGGAAGAUUAAAAAGGAGUCCAGUGACUCCAGCAGUAAAGAUUCAGAAGAGGAGUUGCCAGAAGAUAUCUGGAUUAAGCGGUCAAAGAUUGCAGAUACCAUGGGUUUAAUCGGUCCAGAAGCCCCUAUAAUACACACCUCGCAAGAUGAGAAGCCUUUGAACUACGGCCAUGCACUGCUUCCAGGUGAAGGUGCAGCAAUGGCUGAGUAUGUAAAAGCUGGAAAGCGCAUACCACGGAGAGGUGAAAUUGGAUUGACAAGUGAAGAGAUUGCUUCAUUCGAAUGCUCAGGUUAUGUCAUGAGUGGUAGCAGGCAUCGCAGAAUGGAGGCGGUAAGACUGAGGAAAGAAAACCAGAUCUACAGUGCUGAUGAGAAGAGAGCCCUUGCAUCUUUUAACCAAGAAGAGAGACGAAAGAGAGAGAAUAAGAUUCUAGCCAGUUUCCGAGAGAUGGUGUACAGAAAGACAAAAGGGAAAGAUGACAAAUAGGACUUGUUUGUUAUGCAGCAGGACUUUUAACAGCAGAAGUUUUGUGGGUUAAAACAGUAUUUAAAAGGUUUGCAGUGCUACUGCCACUGUACUACUGUUAGUCACUCAGGAAAAACUUUUUGAGAUAGUUUUAGCAAUUUAUUUUUUGUUUCUUUUUUUUAAACUUAAAGUAAUAUGUGCACAUGGUUAACAACUACUCAAACUUUACAAGAGGAGCGUUAAUAAAAAGUAAAUAC